AGUAACAAGUAUCCAGAUUAUAAUGCCACUGCAGAGACAAGAAAAAAGUGAAGUAACAACAAAAGCAAGGACAUUUUCCGUUUGUUAUUAUCAUGCCUUACUUCAAACUGUAAUUUGAAAGUUGAAAUACAACCAUGUUUUUGUGGUUCAUCAAUUCAGCACCUCGGUUUAGUUUGAUUACUUCUUCAACUCGAUCAAUCAAGUUAUUUAUUGCUCAUCCAAUUCUGAAACAAUGCACUCAAUUUCAUUCUCAUCAACCAAGACGACUAGAAGAAAAACAUAUCAUCUCUUUGUUACACAAGCACCCGACAAGAAAUCAAUCUAUUCAAAUCCAUUCUCAGCUCAUUACAUCUGGGUUUCAUCGUCGCAGUCCCAUGAUCGAUGAGACUCAGCUGAUCAUCUGGAACACAUUAAUCAGAGUGUACUCACAGGCUAUUUUCCCCGAAGAAGCUAUUAAUCUAUAUAAACAAAUACUCCAUGAAAUCACUCCUUCGUCCUCUGUUUCAUCUGAUACUUUUACUUUCUCUUUCCUCUUUAAAGCUUGUGCUAAUCUGCAGAAUCCCAUUAUAGGAACCCAAAUUCAUGCUCAUGUAAUCAAAUUUGGGUUAGAAAUUCAGGUUUAUGUUCAGACAGCUCUGGUUAAUAUGUACUUAAUGUGUGAGUGUCUGACUGAAGGUAUUAAAGUGUUUGAUGAAAUGCCCGAUAGAAACCAUGUUACUUGGAAUGUUAUGAUCACUGGUUUAACAAAAAUGGGUGACAUUAAUCUUGCUAGAAGUAUAUUUGACGAUAUGCCUUGUAAGAAUAUCGUUUCAUGGACUGGAAUUAUCGAUGGAUAUGUCCGUUUGGAUCGACAUACAGAAGCUCUUACUCUCUUCCGGCAAAUGACUUUGAUUGAAGGUAUUUUACCAUCUGAAAUAACAGUUUUAACAAUCCUUACUUCAGUUUGGAAGACGAGUUCUUUUGACUUACUGCAAUCUCUUCACGCUUAUUUGGUGAAAACUGGAUUCAUUUUGUCUGAUGUCAGAGUAACAAAUUCUCUCAUAGACACUUACGUAAAAUGCGGGUCUAUAGACUGCGGGUUCGAAGUGUUUCAAGAAGUACCAAGAAACAGAAAGAAUUUGAUUACAUGGACAACCAUAAUUUCAGGUUUAGCUAUGCAUGGAAAGGCAAAAGAAGCUGUAAAUCAUUUCCAAGAAAUGGAAAAACAAGGUUUAAAACCAAACAGGGUUACAUUCUUGAGUGUUAUGAAUGCAUGUAGUCAUGGUGGACUAAUUGAACAAGGUCGAGAGUUUUUUGAGAAGAUGGUUAACGUAUAUCAGAUAAUUCCAGAUGUUAAGCAUUAUGGUUGUAUGGUUGAUAUGUUUGGAAGAGUUGGAAUGUUGGAAGAAGCUGAAAAAAUGGCCAUGGAAAUUCCAACAGAGAUGAUUAAUGUAAUAAUAUGGAGAACACUUUUAGGUGCAUGUAGUUAUCAUGGAAAUGCAGAGAUGAGUGAGAGAGUAAUGAAAAAAAUAUUUGAAUUGGAAAAAGAUUAUAGUGGUGAUUAUGUUCUUUUGUCUAAUGCCUUUUCUGGCGCCGGAAGAUUCGAUGAUGCCGAAAUGAUUAGGAAAAUAAUGGAUGAGAGAAAUGUUUCAAAAGUUCCUGGUCUAAGUCUGAGUUUGUCAAACUAGAGAAGAACAAUGCAGAAUAAUUUUUGGGUAAAACUUCAUGGACAGCACUUCUCAAACAGUGGAUGGGUAAAAUACCAUUCAUAUGCGUGCAGGGCUGGUUAGCCUCACCCGCUUGACUGUUCAGCUCUAUCCGAUGAAAAGGAAAAGUAAAAAGAGCAUGUGCCUCGGUAACCAGGUGCAAAAAUCUCUGUUCACUGGAGAAGCUACCAAGUCCGGAUCAUACGACCCAAGUUUUAUGUGGGGCUACAAUAUCAGUUU